CGGCAUGGCCGGGGGCGGCGGCGCGGAGCCGGCCGGGGCCGGGGGGCUCCUGCCGCCCGCUCUCCGCCAGCACCGCCGCAGGGAGAGCCGUGAGCGGCUGUCGGUGUGCAGCAAGCUGUGCUACGCCGUCGGGGGGGCUCCGUACCAGAUCACGGGCUGCGCCCUCGGCUUCUUCCUCCAGAUUUACCUGCUGGACGUGGCGCAGGUGGACGCUUUCUAUGCCUCCAUCAUCCUGUUUGUGGGACGAGUGUGGGAUGCCAUCACAGACCCCAUGGUGGGCUUCUUCAUCAGCAAAACCUCCUGGACCCGCUUUGGCCGCCUGAUGCCCUGGAUCAUGUUCUCCACUCCUUUUGCCAUCAUCUCCUACUUCCUCAUCUGGUUUGUGCCAGACAUCUCCAAAGGACAAGUGAUGUGGUAUCUCGUCUUCUACUGUGCCUUCCAGACCCUCGUGACGUGCUUCCACGUGCCUUACUCAGCCCUGACCAUGUUCAUCAGCAGGGAGCAGAGCGAGCGGGACUCGGCCACUGCCUACCGUAUGACCGUGGAGGUGCUGGGCACCGUGCUGGGCACUGCCAUCCAGGGCCAGAUCGUUGGCAAGGUGGACACCCCCUGCAUCGGGAGCCCCUUCUUCUUCGGCUUGCCCAACUCCUCGGUGGCCAUGGAGGAGCUGAACACGACCCAUGAUACGGCAUCACUCACGGACACGAGAAACGCCUACAUGAUCGCUGCGGGGGUCAUCGGGGGGCUCUACAUCCUCUGUGCCCUCAUCCUGCUGCUGGGCGUGAGGGAGAGGAGAGAAUCCUCCGAGCUGCAGUCGGACGAGCCUGUCUCCUUCUUCCAGGGGCUGAAGCUGGUGAUGAACCACGGGCCUUACAUCAGGCUCAUCGCCGGCUUCCUCUUCACCUCGCUGGCCUUCAUGCUGCUGGAGGGAAACUUCGCCCUCUUCUGCACCUACACCCUGGGAUUCCGCAACGAGUUCCAGAACAUCCUCCUGGCCAUCAUGCUCUCGGCCACCUUGACCAUUCCCUUCUGGCAGUGGUUCCUGACCCAUUUUGGGAAGAAGACAGCUGUCUACGUGGGCAUCUCCUCUGCCAUCCCCUUCCUCAUCAUGGUGGUUGUCCUGGACAGUAAUCUCUUUGUCACCUACGUCGUGGCCGUCGCCGCCGGGAUCAGCGUGGCAGCCGCCUUCCUCCUGCCCUGGUCCAUGCUGCCAGAUGUCAUCGAUGACUUCAAGCUGCAGCACCCCAGCUCCCACGGCCAUGAGGCCAUCUUCUUCUCCUUCUAUGUCUUCUUCACCAAGUUCACCGCCGGGGUCUCCUUGGGCAUCUCCACGCUCAGCCUGGACUUCGCGGGGUACCAGACCCGGGGCUGUUCCCAGCCUGGCCAGGUGAACUUCACCCUGAAGAUGUUGGUGUCUGCUGUUCCCGUGGGGCUGAUCCUGCUGAGCCUGCUGCUCUUCAAGCUGUAUCCCAUCGACGAGGAGAAGCGGAAGAAAAACAAGAAAGCCCUGCAGGAUUUAAGGGAGGAGAGCAACAGCAGCUCGGAGUCGGACAACACAGAGCUGGCCAGCAUCGUGUGAGCCGGGCUGGCUCUGGCUGCCCACGCUGGGGCUCCCCAAGGACUCGUCCCCUCCGGGCUGGCCCAGCCUGGUGCCACUGGAGGUGCUGGAAGAGCCGUGUGGAGCAUCCACUGCCUGGAACUCGGGAUCUGUGCCCGUCCUGUGCCUUGCACGGGGCCCACAGAGCGCUGGUAGUGUACAUUACACACAUGGUGGUGCCUCACCCCAGACAAACACUCUCCCUGCCGGGCUCUGGAGGGCAGGGAUGCCCAGAUUUGGGAUGGUUUUGCCUGGAACAGCCGUGCCCAGUGCCCUGCCUGGGGGUGAUCGUUAGUGUACAUUACACUGUCAGUGUGCCCAGGACGUGAGCUCACCUCUGCUGUCUCUACAGAGGGCACUAAUGUGGGAGCUGUUCUUUUUUUUUUUUUUUUUUACAGAGCCUAAUUAACUUAAUGAUGUAAAUAUGGAGCUGUUUCCUGUUUGUAUAUAUCUGUACAGAACCCAAACCCGAGGACCUGUUAAUAUUAAUUUACAUAAAAGUGGGGGAAGUCGGCAGCGGGUGUGAAGAAUUUUUUUUUUCUUUUUCUCUCUGCUGGGAUUUUUCACGGCUGUCAGCCAGCCCAGGGUCCCUUUACACACCACAGGGUGCAGGAUUGACUUUUCCUGAGCUGUGGAGCAGGAAUGCCAUAAUCCAGGCAGGAGGCUGUGCUCAGCCCCUUGCCCCCGUGCAGCUCCUUGCUCGGUGCCUGUGUCGCAGCCAUCCAACAAAGGCUCUAUUAUUUCCUCCUUUUCAAGAGGGGAACGGGGGUGGAGGGAGGAAUGAAAUCAAAGUGCUGCCAGCAGAGAUGGUGAACUCGAGGCUGGAAACAGGAGAGGCAGCUGGGGAGCGGAGAGAAAGGGAGUGUGGGCUGUGGGUGACACUCAACACUGGCUGCAGAGUGCUGGGGAGCACUAAUCUCCCUGGAUAUUUAUACCCUCCUCUCGCAUUCCCUGCUCCCACAGCACACAGGGGGACAGCCCUGCCCUCCCCAACGCCUCCAGCAGCAAGUGGAACUCCAGAAAAGGGGGCUGGAGGCAGUGCAGGGAUGAAGCAGGCACCCCCAUGGAUGGAUGGGGUGAAUUCCCAGCUGGUGCUGGCUCUGCAGAGGGGACAGGGCUGCUGCCUUCAGGUCACACCGAGGAGCUGGUGGAGCCAGGGCUGAGCUGAGAGUGGGGGGUUUGGGGGGAAGGAUGGCUCACCCUUGGUUCCACAUUUGGGUACAAAGGACAGGAAUGAGGAUGGAGUUUAAAAAUAGCCAGAGGGAUCAGCUGGGAAUGCUCCCCCAGGCCCCACUCUGCCCCUGGGGCUGGGAAAAGGGCAGAGGGAUGGUGUGGCGAGGCUGGGAGCUGGUUUUGUGCUCAGCAGGGCCAUGGGGCAGCACUGGGGAGCUCCCUGCAGCCAAGGGACGAGGGCAGGACAGCAGGGGGACAAAGGCAGCGCUCUCUGCAGCCCCUGUGCUGGGGCAGGUGUGUCAGGAGCACCCUCUGCAUGAAGAGGAGGAGGAGGAAGGCUCCAGCCAACACAGAGCUCAGGGGUGUUGGGAAUGUUCUGACCCCUGCACUGCUCCUGGCCAUGACCUGGCUGCCUCUGAGGGGUGUGGGCAGUGCUGCAGCCUCCAAGGAUUUGAAAGAUCGCUGUGAGCCUUUGUUUUUUCUCAGAAGUGUUUCAAGAGAAAAAAAAAAGGGACAUUUUAUUCUUUGCCUCCUUGUUUUUUUGGCUCUUCACGAGGAGCAGUCUCUGUUCAGGUUUUUUGCAGCCAGCCCAAGAGAGUAAAACCAUCCAGAGGGGCUUGAGCUGGGGCCUGGAUAUUCCUCCCUUCUCCCAGAAGAGAACAAUUCUUCUGUUUAAAGCUUAAAAGGAAAUGAGAUGUGGGGGGAAAGCGUCCGUGAGAAUUGAUAACACUCGAGCCCUGGGCAAAGCUCCAGCCUGGGAGCUGGGAUCCUGCUCCAGUUGUGGCUACAGAGGCUUUCACUCCAAGACUGGAGAGGAAAUGGGUGGCAAAAAAUGCACAGGGAGGUGCUGCCUGCACCUACAGCUGUGCCCUGGCUUAAUCCACACCUUGGGCGUGGAACAAAUGCAUCCAAGUGCUGGGAAGCACCUCCCUGCAGAGCUGGGCUGCUCUGUCCUCCGGGUGAGGGACAAGGAACCAGAGUGUGGAGAACAUUUUCAGCUGUGUGCUCACACCUGCUGGGCUGGGAAUCAGCCCUGAACCCCAGCUCUGGGGUCCAGCAGGCUCCUGGGCCAGCCCUGAGCUUGGGGGAUCUGUGCAGGAGGGGAGCAGAGGGUUCCUGGUGUGCUCUGGGGCCCAGAUGACGGCCAGAGGGACAAAAUCAAACAAACAUCAUUUGGAGCUCCAAAAGGCAGCAUGUGAACCUGCAGAACUCCAUCCCCUGGCACCAAGGGGCAGGACCUCACUGCCUCAGGAGGAUGAAGGCAGGAGGAACAAGUCCAGAGGUGACAGCUGAGUCUAUUUGCCCUGCAGGAGAAAAAAGUGCAAGUGUGAAGAGUUUCUCCUUGCUGAGGGUGAGGAAUAACCUCCCUCCUUAUCUGCAGGGAAAGGGCAAAAAUCCCUGGGUUUUUCUGGCAGCAGGAUUUGUGAAAUGUUCCAGGGGCUGCUGGUGAGGAUGGAUUUCCCUGGGCUGGAAGGAUCCAGGAGCAGCAGGAAUCACCCAGGACUGGUUUGGGACACUUCAAGCUGAACCAAGCAGGGGUUCCCGAAGGAAAGGGGUGUCACCCCACAGUCCCCAGGGUGCAUCCAGCUGGAAAUUAGCUCAGCUUUGGAAUUUCUGGGAAGCAGGAAUGCUGGAGCAGGGCUGUGCUCAGGACAAACGCUGGGCUCUGUCACUCCAUGGGGACAGCAGUUAACCCAGGCCAGCUGUGCAGGAUGGGUGUCACAGCUGUCCCCAGGGGCCACCCUGUCUGUGCCACCAGGCUGAGGUCACUCACAUCAUCUGCAAACACAGGCUGACGUGUUUCGGUGGGCUUUGGUUAAUGUUUUGUAAAAGCCACGGUUCCCAAGGUUGUUAGCAGCCCCAGGACUCCUGCACACGGGCAGAAACGAUGGAGCAGUGACGUGCUUUCCUGCUGGAAAAAGGAAAACCCAUAAAUUCCCAGGAAUGGAGCUGGGCUGCAGCUCGGACAAGUGCCCUCCACACCCCACAACAAGGGACAAGUGCCCUCCACACCCCACAACAAGGGACAAGUGCUCUCCUGCGGCUGCAAGAAGCCAAAGGCUGCUGUGUGAGGGACGCAGAGACAUUUCAGACAAAACAUAGCUGAAAAACGAAGCAAAUAUUCCCACGGUGCUUGGAGAAACGGGGGAUGAGGCAGCGGACACGUGGCAGGGAUACGGAGCAGGUUUUAUGGGCACCUCGCAGAUCGCUGACCUUCCCGAGAGUAAACACGCAGCUCCUCCGUGCCCCAGCCUUACCAGGAACUCGAUCUUUGCUCUUCCAGGAACCGCGUUCAGCCGGGCAGACCCACCCCAGGAGCAAACAGCGCUGGGGCUGGGCUGUGACAUCCCCGGGAGCCGCGCUCUCCUCUUCCCCCCGCUCAGCUUUUGUUCCUCCCCCCGUUCUCUGGGAUUUCUCCUUCCUCUCCCCAUGGAUCCAGCACUGAAGGACAGCUCCUGCCCACCCGGAUUCCCCCUGCCCUGCCGGCUUCUUCACCGCGGGGACUUUUAGGAUGCUGUAAAACACGAGGCAGCGGCCGCAUGCCAAAAGAG